CUGAAGGCAGCUGUAGUUCGGUCCACUUAGGCUAUGAUUGGUUCGAUCCGGAAAAGCGACUCUUAGUCACGUCACUACCACGCCAGCGUUAAACUUUCUUUUAUUUCUGGUUAAGAACAAAAAAAAGGAGUUUAAAAAUGACACAUUUCACAAUGUUAGGGGACUCUUGGGCACAGUCUGUCGACGUGCAAGAAGCCAAAACUCCAUCACAGAUGGAGUUUUCUAAAAGAGAGAUAACUCAACUGCUCUCUCGUUUAAACCAGACAGGAGACGUCAAUGGGAAUGUUGUCCCCAUCAAGAAUACAACUGGAGCUCUGACCAAGGACGGGGAAGUGGUUGAUCCAGCGGAGCAGUCUCUUCUAAAUAAAUUGAUCCGCCAUACUCUAGUGCGGAAUAGAAACCAGGUUGAGGUUUUGCAAAGGGACCCCACCUCUCCUCUGUACUCUGUGAAGACAUUUGAGGAGCUAAGACUGAAACCUGAGCUGUUGAAGGGUGUGUACAACAUGGGGUUCAACCGACCAUCCAGAAUCCAGGAGAAUGCUUUACCCAUGAUGUUGGCACAACCACCUCAGAAUCUAAUUGCACAGUCACAGUCUGGCACUGGUAAAACUGCUGCCUUUUCUCUGGCAAUGCUCAGCCACGUAGAUCCAGCAAAAAAAUGGACCCAGUGCCUGUGCAUCGCACCGACAUAUGAGCUCGCUCUGCAGAUUGGUCAGGUCAUUGAGCAAAUGGGAAAGUUUUACACAGAUGUGAAACUGGCCUACGCCAUCCGUGGUAACAGACUGGGCCGAGGCAUGAAGUUAGAGCAGCAGAUUGUCAUCGGAACACCAGGCACAGUUCUCGAUUGGUGCACCAAGUUCAAGAAUAUUGACCCCAAAAACAUCACUCUGUUUGUCCUGGAUGAGGCUGAUGUGAUGAUCGCCACGCAGGGUCAUCGUGACCAGAGCAUUCGAAUCCAGCGACAGCUGUCCAAGGACUGCCAGAUGCUGCUUUUCUCUGCGACCUUUGAGGAUUCUGUGUGGAAGUUUGCAGAGCAAGUGGUUCCUGACCCCAAUAUCAUCAAGCUGAAGCGAGAAGAGGAGACACUGGACACAAUCAAGCAGUUCUACGUGGUCUGCCAGCAGGAGGAAGACAAGUUUAAAGCCCUCUGCAAUCUGUACGGGUGCCUUACAAUUGCACAGGCCAUGAUCUUCUGCCAAACUCGCAGGAUGGCAUCUUGGCUGGCUACACAAAUGACUAAAGAAGGCCACCAGGUGGCGUUGCUGAGUGGGGAAAUGACCGUGGAGCAGAGGGCUGCUGUUAUCGAUCGUUUUCGUAACGGCAAGGAAAAAGUGCUUGUGACCACAAACGUUUGCUCCAGAGGUAUCGAUGUCGAGCAGGUGUCGCUCGUGGUGAACUUUGACCUCCCAGUGGACAUGGCAGGAGAUGCCGACAACGAGACGUACCUUCACCGUAUUGGUCGGACAGGACGCUUUGGCAGGAGAGGAUUCGCUGUAAAUAUGAUUGACAGUGAACGUAGCAUGGAUGUCAUCCAGCAAAUACAGAUGCAUUUCAACAGAAAAAUAACAAAACUUGACACCAGUAAUCUGGAGGAAAUGGAACGUCUUCUCUGUUGAAUUGCUCUGAAUGCACUUCCAGGACCAAGAGGGUGAAUCAAGUUAGUUCUAUUUAGAGGUUUAUUUUUUACAUUUGUUCUGUUUAUAAAAAAGGUAAAUGCUAAUGUUGGUUGUUCAAAAAUCUCGCUAUUUCUGACUUUGGUUUCGGGAAUGAAGUCUCCUUAAGUUCUCUGGCUUGUCUCCCGGAGACGGUGAGACUAACUCACUGUUAAACAGCUUGUUGAUAAUUUAUUUGUGUGUUUGUUUCUGUUAAAGUGGGGUGAUGUAGAUGCAUGUUUUAUCUACAGGUUCCUGCAUGGUUUGUUUGUGUUUCACUUUAUAUGUCCUCCAGUCACUUGAAGCAUUUCAAUUUAUUAAAAUGCUUGGUUCAGUUUAGUGGUAGUUGGUAAGGAAAAAAAAACUCCAAACUUGUUUUUGUUGCUACAUCCUGUUUGUUUUGAUAUAAAUAAAAAGGUUUUGUCAGAG